GGUGUCUACAACCUAAUAGGGUAUAAUAGCUAGCUUUCCAAGGUCUUGCAAAUGUAGUUGCAAACGUGCAGGACUGGCGAAUUGUUCACAGUUCGCGCUACCAUGUCCUUGAUACAACAGAGUUACUCUGGCACGUCCAAGAUCCAAAUACCGAAGAAGGAACCAUCGACCUCGGAGAACCUUCCUGGACAUGGCUUAACGUGAAGGGAAAGGUGCGAUGCUCCAGAGCCUCGCGCAUGUCUAAUCUAGAAGCGGGUCUCGAUGCAAAGAUCGUUCUGCAAGAGCAACCGACGAAAAUAGCAACACGGGAUGCCUCAAUAGAUGUCCCAAGCGACGUUAUCCAGAUCGGUUCUUGCCUUGUCGAAAUCUACUCAGGUGUUCCGAGAGAAGACCGACAGGGCCGUAAAGCUGUCGACUGUGCUUUCGUAGUGACUAACCCAUUGUUCCAGCCUACCACAAGUGUCCGGAUGAUGCAAGCCUGGUGGUAUCCGGACACCCUUCCAGUAUGCGAUGGCCAUCUGUGGGCGCUGCCGCUUCACAGCGGUUACAAAUAUAGUAGAGUAAGCGGAUGGCAAUUUCACACCGUGGGAUUGGUCAUCGUUGCAGCACAGGAAAGACAGGGGUUUUGGAAGAGGGUAGGGGCCUACUUUCGCGAUGAGAGCUACUUCUAUGAUAGAAUGUCCCGUAAAUAUCAUCCAUAUAAGGAUGAGUUCAACACCGAUGCAUCCACAACAGGCGAGUCGGUUACGAGCGAGUCAGGUUCUGAUCAUGAACCUCGUGGGCGCGAUUUGUACGAAGAAGGGCUGACUUUGGAUGAGUUAAUGGAUCCAGAAAGGCUCGUUCGGAAGAAGUUUGGUUUACCUUACUCGACGCGAAGAAAGCAAGAAAGCGAUCCACGCAAGGAUGAGUCCCUUGAAGACGAGAUAGGUUCAGAAGAGCUGAAUGCAGGCACAUCCGAAAACGAGUCAAAUUUUGAGGAGCUGGCCUCAGAAGAUAAACCCAAAUUCGAAUCAGAUACAAAAGACGUUGAAGCAGAAGUCAUGUUUCCAUACAAGCCUAGGCAUGAAUCAGGCACCGAUAAUUCUAAUGCGGAUGAUUCGGACACAAAUAGUGGGAUCAUGUUGCGACUGUACCAAGGCCGAAAGCACUGGAUGAAGAAGCGACUUCGGCGUCGGAGGUGUCUGAUUCGACUCGCGUAUCAAUUCCCUCAAAAUCAUGGUUAUGCAACGUGUUAUUGGAUUAAUGGAAGUUUAGUAAUCCUGAACGCGCUAGCGCAAGCUUUACCACAACUAUUAAACUCCAUUGACUACGCAGCUAUUUCACUGCAGGUUGCAUAG